AUGUCGUCACACGCCGCGUCGGCUGCCCCUCACAGGCACGCCCGCGUGCUCGCCUGCGUCCUGUGCCAACAUCGCAAGAUCAAGUGCGACCGGAACUUUCCCUGCGCAAACUGCGUCAAGGCAAAUGUCACCUGCACACCCAGCACGCCCGCCCCGGCCCGCAAGCGCCGCCGCCCGAACCAGGAUCUCCAAGAGCGCCUCGCGCGGUGCGAGGAGCUGCUCAAGCAAUAUGCCGGCGCUGCUCCGCCGUCCAAGGAGGAGUCGCCCGCCGCGAACCAAGUCAAGCCGGAGCCGUCGGACACGACGCCCAUGAGCACCGACACGCAGCAGAGCUGGGCUCCGGCCUGCCAGCUCGUCAACGAGGACAACGGGCCUCGUUUCAUGGACAGCUACAUCUGGGCCAGCAUAUCGGAAGAGCUCCAAGCCAUGCGCGACAUUGUCGAGACGGAAGACCCUGAAGACUCCAGCAUACUCGGCUCCGAAGAGCUCACUCCCGACAACAACGCAGACCUCUUUUUCCAGAGCGACGUGUCCACCAGCAUCGAGGAGCUCACCCCGGACCCCGUCCACAGCGUCAAGCUCUGGCAGCUUUUCCUGGACCGGGUCAACCCCUUGACAAAAGUCAUCCACGUACCGACGGUGCAGCCCAUCGCCAUGGAAGGGGCGACCAACAUGGCCAACAUUCCCUUUCACGCCCAGGCCCUUCUCUUUUCCAUAUACACCAUGGCCGCCUUCUCCCUCACAGACUCGGAAUGCAUAGCGACCUUUGGCAUCUCGCGAGAGGCGGCGAUGCAAAAAUACACUGCCGGCUUCAAGUCGGCGCUCAUGAGGUUGAAUUUCCUCAAAAACUACAACCAGACUGCCCUGCAGGCACUCGUGCUGUUCCUGCAAUCGCUGCAAGGACGGUACGACCGCCAUGCGGCGUGGAUUCUCAGCGGAACUGUCGUACGCAUCGCCCAGAAGAUGGGUUAUCACCGCGACGGCGAGACCCUCGGGCUGGACCCGUUCGAGACGGAAAUGCGACGGCGCAUCUGGUGGCAGCUCGUCAUCCAGGACUCCAAGUACGCCAUGAUGUCGGGGCUCACACAGUCCAUGUCCCCAGACACCUGGAACACACAACUUCCGCAAAACGUGAGCGAUUCGGACAUCUUCCCAGGACUGACGGAACCUGUGCGUGCCCGCGACGGGCCCACCGAAAUGGCGUUUGUCAUCAUGGUGAACGAAAUCUUCAAGUUUAAGCUGGAAAAGGACAACAGCUCCGACGGACGUGCCUUUGAGGCGGCUCUCAUGGGCCAUGACCUGGACGGAGAAUCCGACUCUACUGAUGUCCACCACACCAUAUUUGCCAAGUUCCGUGCCUCGGCCGAAGACCUCGAGAGGAGGCUGGCCGAACUGGAGGCCAGAUAUGUCGACAGAAAUGCUGGCCCUGUCCAUAGGGCGGCGCUCUCAUUGCGACCGAUGAUGACGAACAAGCUGUCGGAGAUGUUGGUACCUAUGCGUGAGCAGCCCGAAUAUGGCACCGAAAUCUUUGGUCCCAAGGACAACCUGUUCAAGGUCUUCAUCAUGGGCAACGAGCACAAGAUGGAGGCCAUGGAGGUGCUCAAGGACACGGGUUUCUUGUGGUGGGUGAAGCUGCACUUCCAGCUCGACAUCCUCGCUCUCAUGAUCGCACAGCUCUGCCGGCGGCCGACGGGAAGCCUCGCCGACCGCGGCUGGGCCGUCAUGGAGCGUGUUUACGAGUACCACGAGGAGCUGUCCGACAUGACGCAAAAGCAAAACUCGGUCCAGGCGCAGUUUGUCCUCAAGGCGUGGAAGAUGCGCGAGCAGGCAUAUGCGCGGGCCGGGCGAGCCAUCCAGUCGCCGCACUUCAUCAUGCAGCUCCGCGACAUGUUGCCGUCCCACGAACCUCGCUCGUCGACGCAGUCGUCUGCGACGCCGCCGAUGGCUUCGCAGGCGCACAUGCAGCAAGCUCAACAGCCCAAGGCGGCGGAUCAAGCGAUGGGCUUCCAGCCCACCAGCGACAUGGACCCCUUCAUGAGUGGCUACCUCGACAUGUCGACGCUCGACUGGGGCGUUUUUGGCGAUAUGAUCCCCGGCGGCGGCGACCAGCUCUCGGCGGCCAUGUUUGGCGGUCUCGGCCUCGGCAACGCCCCCAUGGGGGGCAUGAGCGCCGUCAACAACAACAUGGGCAACCCGAACCAGUUUUGA